AUGGCGGAGCAUAAGCUUGUUGAGAUUUCAGAAAUGGCAGAGCAAAAGCUUAUUGAGCAAGCUCUUGUUUCUCCAUCAACACCAAGAACAACAACAACUUCUCUUCCUCUCACAUUCCUUGACUUGCCUUUUGCAGGUCCAGUCUAUGUUGAACGCUUAUUCUUCUAUCACUUUCCACAUUCAACAACCCAUUUUUGUAAAACAACACUUCCAUCUCUCAAACACUCUCUUUCUCUUACUCUUCAACAUUUCUUCCCUCUAGCUGGAAAUCUUCAAUGUCCUCCACAACCCCACAAACCUUUUAUUCUUUGCACUCAAAAUGACUCUGUCGCUUUUACCAUCGUCGAAUCCUCGGCAGAUUUCAACCAUCUAUCAACCAAUCACCACCCCAAAAAUCUUAAAGACUAUAAUUAUCUUAGUCCAAAAUUAAGCCGCAAAACAACCUAUGAUGGUAAUGACAUUGAGAAUAACACAUUCAUUUUCCCUUUGUUGUCUUUGCAAGCUUCUGUUUUCCCUAACCAUGGUCUUUGCAUUGCAAUCACAUAUUGUCAUGUAAUGGAUGAUAGUUGUUGUAGUCAUUUCAUGAAGUCUUGGUCUUUUAUACAUAGAAAUUGUGAAGUAGUUGACUUGAAGUCAACUCCUUGUUUUGAUAGAAAUUUUUUGAGGGACCCAAAAGGGCUUGAAAAUGUUUUCUUAAGAGACUAUUUUGAAGAAAGAAAAACAUGGAAGGAUAAACUCAUUGGUCAAACUCAAAGUCAAACUAGUGAAGAAGAGUAUGUAAAAGCAACUAUUGUUUUUGCAAAAGAAGAAAUUGAGAGAAUGAAAAUAUGGGCACUUGAUCAAUGGAAGAAAAAUGAUUGUGAAGUUCAAGCGCCACAAUUUUUAUCUAAAUUUGUUGUAACUUGUGGUUUCAUUUGGGCUAGUAUGGUUAAAACAAGAUGUAGAAAGGAAAAUGAUAACGAUGAUGAUGAAAAAGAGGAGUAUUUUGGUUUUCCAGGUGAUUGUAGAGAAAGACUUGGGUACAAAAUACCAGAGGGGUAUUUUGGGAAUUGUCUAACAUUAUGUCAUGCAACUAUGAAGAGAAAGGAUAUGAAGGGGGAAGAUGGUUAUGUGAAUGCUGUUAAGGUAAUUGAAAGGGUAAUAAGUGAAAUGAAAAAUGAACCUUUUAAAGAUAUGGGAGAAUGGAGGGAUAGAUUUAAAAAGAUGUAUGAGUUGGGAAGUGUGUUGUUGGUAACAGGUUCGCCUAAGUUUAAUGUUUAUGAGACUGAUUUUGGAUUUGGAAAACCUGCUAAAGUUGAAAUGGUGCACCCAUUUACGUGUAUGUCUAUUGCUGAAAGUGAAAAUAGAGAAGGUGGACUUGAGGUUGGGUUGGUAUUCAAAUCCGAGGAUUUUAAAUAUUUCUCUUCUAUCAUUGAACAAGGACUACAAGCUUUGAAAUUUUAAUUGGUUCGUGCAUGUUUUGUCUUUUAAUUUCAAUAUUGAAUGGGAAAUGUAGUACUCCAACAAUGAAUCAUGAAUUGUGGGUUUUGAUUGGUAAUUUGAGAUUUUUUUUAUUUUUU